GAUUGGUAAAGGGAGCAAUGGUGAGCUUCUUAAAGCCAGAAAGUCUACAGAACUAUAUUAAACGAAUGGAUGGACUGAUCAAGACCAUGUUACUAAAAGAAACCGAAAACAAGGACACCAUAAAAGUUGUGGUCACCAUGAAGAAAUUUACAUUCACCAUAGCAUCCAGCAUCCUUUUCGGCAUCGAUGAUGAGCGCACCAGGGAGGUUUUGUUUGAUGAUUUUUCUUUAGCAUUCAAAGCAGUUUGGUCUCUUCCUGUUAACUUCCCUGGCACUGUUUACUGGAAAGGCCUAAGAGCCCGGUCAAGGAUUGCUAACCAGAUUUUGCCAAUACUUGAGCAAAGAAGGGAGGCGUUUUCAAAAGGAAAAUUAAGCCCUACAAGCGAUGUUUUCUCAUCAUUGCUAGCAUUAAGAGAUGAAAAUGAAGAACCUGUUUCAGAUGAUUUGAUCGUGGAUAAUUAUGUCACAUUGAUGGUAGCUAGUCACGACACUUCAGCCAUUCUUCUGAGCCUGAUGAUAUGGAAGCUGUCCAAAGACUCUGAGAUAUACAACAAAGUUUUAGAGGAACAAAUGGACAUUAUAGGGAAGAGGGAGGAGGGAGCAGAAAAUAGGCUGACUUGGGCUGAGAUACAAAAGAUGAAAUACACAUGGAGAGUUGCACAAGAGUUGAUGAGGAUUAUCCCUCCUGUGUUUGGCAGCUUUAGAAAAGCACUUAAAGACAUUGAAUAUGGUGGCUAUGAUAUCCCCAAGGGAUGGCAGGUGUUUUGGGUGGCCCAUGGAACUCAUAUGAACAAAGAGAUAUUUGACAAGCCUACAGAGUUUGAUCCAUCAAGGUUUGAGAACCCAUCAAAACCAAUCCCUCCCUAUGCUUAUAUUCCAUUUGGAGGAGGCCUCCACACUUGCAUAGGGAAUGAGUUUGCAAGAGUAGAAGUGCUCACUAUCAUCCACAACUUGGUGACAAUGUAUGAGUGGUCUUCGGUGUACCCUGAUGAAGCUAUCACCAGGCAACCAAUGCCAUAUCCAUCCAUGGGUCUCCCAAUCAAGAUCAAACCAAGGAAGCCUUAAUUACUACACAAGGCUUUGUUUAUAUGCCUUGCAAAGAAUUGAUCAUUUGUAUCUGCAUCUCAUGGCUUUAUUAAGAUUUUCCAUCAUGAAAAUUGGUUGUGACUAUAUACUUAUUAGUCAUAAGGGCUUGUAACUAAAUCUUUUAGUCAUGAAGAGUGAUUGAAACUAAAAGAUGUUGUGACUAAAAGUCAGGAUUUGGUUUAAUUUUCUAUUAACAAGUUGUGACUAAACAUUUUAGUC